AUGGCGUCUAACGAUUUUUCCCAAACGUCUGCCCAGGGCUACGGGUCCUAUGGUGGUGGGGGCAACCAGGGCUAUGGACAGUCUUCUGGCCAGAGCUAUAGCCAGCAUGGAUGUGGGGGCUAUAUCCAGAACGCUGAUAGUGGCUCUGCCUCCUAUGACCAAGGUGGCUAUGGCAGCUAUGGCCAUCCUCAAUCAGGAGAAUACAGUUCUCCUCCUCUCAACCAGAGUGGAGGUGGCUAUACCCAGUCUAACCCGUCCUAUACUUCUGGAGGCUAUAACAGCAGUAGCCAGCCCUCUCCAAAUAGCUACAGCCAGCAGUCACCCUACUCCAGUUAUGGCCAGCAACAGCCUUCUUCCUCUCCCACUGCAGGCAGCUAUGGUGGUAACUCCCAGGCCUCUGGCUAUGGCCAGCAGCACAGUGGGAGUGGGUAUGGUGGCCAAAGUGGAGGUGCUUAUAACACCAGCGGGGGUCAGAGCGGUGGCUAUGGGGGCAGUGGAGGCCAACAGCAGCCAUCACAGCAUGGGGGAGCUCCCUUUAACCAGGGUCCAAGUUACAACAACCCCCCUCCGCAGAGUUAUAGUCAGCAGAGCCAGUAUGGCCAGAGUGGAGGAUAUGGACAGGACAGUCCACCAAUGAGUGGAGGAAGUGGUGGAUACGGGGGCCAAGAAGGGGGCUAUGGAGGCCAGGAUGGUCGUGGUGGCAGGGGUCGUGGAGGCAGUUAUGGAGGUCGCGGUGCUGGAGGUUUUGACCGUGGCUUUGAGCGAGGUGGCAGAGGAGGGCCAAGGGGCAGAGGUGGCAUGGGAAUGGGCGACCGUGGAGGAUUCAAUAAGUUUGGUGGACCAAGAGACCAGGGACAUGGGCAUGGAGGACCCAGCUCAGUGCAAGACCAGGAUAACUCUGACAAUAACACCAUCUUUGUGCAAGGCUUGGGAGAUGACUACACUGUUGACUCAGUUGCUGAUUUUUUUAAGCAGAUUGGCAUCAUUAAGGUUAAUAAGAAGACAGGUCUGCCCAUGAUCAACCUAUACACAGACAGAGAGACGGGGAAACUGAAGGGGGAGGCUACAGUGUCUUUUGAUGACCCUCCCUCAGCUAAGGCAGCCAUUGACUGGUUUGAUGGGAAGGACUUCAAUGGAAAUCCCAUUAAGGUGUCCUUUGCCACCCGCAGGGCUGAUUUUGGAGGCCGGGGUGGCAUGAGGGGUGGUCGAGGACGAGGAGGACCGAUGGGUCGUGGUGGGUUUGGCGGGGGUCGAGGAGGAGGAGGAGGAGGAGGAGGUUUUCCAGGAGGUAACGGGGGAGGAGGUGGACAGCAGAGAGCUGGAGAUUGGAAAUGUUCAAACCCGGAAUGUGGCAACUUGAACUUUUCUUGGCGCAAUGAGUGUAACCAGUGCAAGGCUGCUAAACCGGAGGGUGAAGGUGGAAUGCCCCCUAUGGAAAGAGGAGGUUACGGAGGAGAGCGUAGCCGUGGGGGAUUUGAUCGAGGGGGUUUCAGGGGACGAGGUGGAGACAGAGGAGGCUUCAGGGGAGGCCGAGGAGGUGACAGGGGAGGAUAUGGGCCUGGAAAGAUGGAUGCUAGAGGCGACCACAGACAGGAGCGGCGAGACAGGCCCUACUAAAGUAUCUCUAAAAUGGGACCAGGCUCUGUUCUUCCCCACACCAGGGCCACUCAGUGUAUCCCUAUCCACUGUGGGCCCUGCAACCCAGCCCAAGCCACACCUUUUCUACACACUGUUAGAAGAUGUUACUUUGAUACUUUUGGUUGACAGAGUAGAACAAUGUGAGUAUCUUGUCCACUCCCUCUCGCUGUCUUUACUUGAGUAUUUACAAGUCAUAGUUCAACCACAUGUGUUAACACAGCCUCUCACUUCCCUAUUGUCCCCAAGUCUUAUUUUACCUACUAUUAAGAAUAUUACUACUACUAUAUUAAUCAAAGAAUAUUGAAUCAG